UUCCUACUCCGAACUUUUAUUUUUUAAUAAAUGAAUUUAUUUUGCUGAUUUGUCGUGGCCACACCCCCGCAAACUCGCGCUCAAAUCGCGCGCCCAACGGGCCACUCGAUAAGUCUGACAUUCACAGGGGAACGGUGGCAAUCGAAUGGCAAACACAUCUGUCAGAAGACAAGAAGAAGAAGGGGCAAAAAGAAGAAGCAGAGCGCUCUGUUCCGCAGCGAAUUAUUUUCCGAAUUGCGAAAAACCCAAAUAUCCGGAACCAGGACAACAGGACCGCAGUGGCGCAUCUCCUCCGGAAUGGCCACGGAGCAGCAUCACCAGCAGCGCGUCCUCAAGCAGGAUGGCUACUUGGAUCUGGGCGAUUGUAACAGCACUCCAGCUCGACCCUUUGAGAUGCGCAACGUCGUCUAUCAUCCGCAAUUAAAUGUCCUUCUGCUUUUUAAUAAUGGCAGCACCGUCAAGGUCCUGGACGCCAAUUCUGGAGUGAUCCUGCAGACCUAUCAGCUCAGCUCCAAUGGUGACAGCAUCGUUCAUGGUCGUUAUAUGCCACUGCAAGACAAGAUCUUGUUCUGGGAUGGCCAUAACCUUGGACUGCGAGGCGAUUACAACGGCGUCCUGCUGCUGGACACCAUUCUUCAGGCGCCGAUUGGACAAAACGACGACUACAUCAAGCUGGAGAUUAUACUGUCCGAGGCGAUAAUUUUCCAGAACUGCAUCAGCGAACUGGAGAGCGAGGGUCUGGAAUGCCCCUGUGACAUCAGCAACGAGCUGACGCAGAAGAUCAACCAGGCGCAGCUGAAUGCCAAAAAGGGCAUCAAGGCCCAGCGGUGGAAUACCAUAUGCUUAGAGGUGCCCUAUUCCAGCCUUAAGCUCGUGUCCAACAAUGUGGUCAUCCUAUUAAAGCGUCUGGAGCGCCAUAUUCCCGUGCUGGCCAUCGCAUCCGCCAUUAAUGAGCGUCUUACCGACAUGCUGAUGGGCUCCCGAGUCCCAGACUUUGGUUGGAACUUUAGUAAUUUCCAGCGCGUGCUUAUGCACUCGGAGGCAGUGCGUCGCCAGACGUUCGAGAAGUGGCCCCACAUGGACUACAAGUGGGCGCUGCCCGAUCAGAUGGCCCAGGCCGGUUUCUACCAUCAGCCAUCUUCCUCUGGAGAGGAUCGCGCCAUGUGCUUCACCUGCAACGUGUGUCUUGUCUGCUGGGAGAAGACCGACGAGCCGUGGAGCGAGCACGAAAGGCACUCUCCGCUGUGUCCCUUUGUCAAGGGCGAGUACACCCAGAAUGUCCCUCUGUCCAUUACCUACGCCACCAAUCCCGCAUUGUCAGCUCCCGGAUUGGGAUUCGACAUCAUCUCCAACAGUGAUUACGCGAACGUGCUCUGCACCAGUUGUUCUCAAACGGGAGAGCUAAGUGUCUGGAGCAUUGAACGCCACCUCAAGCUGAUGCACAGCAUCCAUGUACCGACCCUGCUUAAGGACGUUUUCGAGGAGAGCUUCGAGUGGGCGAGAGUUACUGCCAUAUGUGUUCUUCCGAAUGCACGAGCUCGCACCAAGGUAAACUACGUGUACUCUUCGGCAAAUUAUGGCGGAGCAGGUGGCAGCAAUGGAGCGGGUUCCCAUUCGGGAUCAAAUGCCGUCUCUAGUGGAAAGUUUGGCAGCGUGAAUGCCCAGCAUAUUACCUCCACGUCCACGCUUCGGGCCGGCGUAGUAGGCUCCAAGAUCGUGCUGGGGGUCAGCGUGCGCCAGAGCAGUGGCGAGUUAGCCCUGCGAAUGGUAGUGCUCAACAUCGUGGAAGUAGACCGCAGCAGCGAGACUUCGGCGAGCGUCAGCAACGACAGCGGUAGCGUAUCCAGCGUUGGCGGCCAGCUGAUGAAGUCUUCAUCCCCUAUGGUCAAUGUUCCCGGUGAAACAAAUGCGGCCGUGACCCAAGUGAAUCUCGAGUCCAAGGAUGAUGAUAACAAGGCCAUGACACCAUACGAGAAGUUUGCCGAUGGCUUUGAUAGUAACGGAUUUGUGUCCGCUCUGAUGACUUACAACAAGAACAACGGGGUUAGCCAGAACACCGACGAUGCCUCCGUUUUGUAUGAUUUCGACUUGUGCACCUUGUCCCAGAUCCUGGAUCACAAUCUCGAGGAACCACUGAGUUUGAUGGUCGGGUCGAAUACGGUAAAUGUUAGUAACCUGGGCAUGGGCAACGAGAUCGACAAGCUUGUCGAGGAUGUGGAGAUGACUCACCAGAACAACAACAACAAUAACAACAACAACGAGGCAAACUCCCUGGGUGGAAAUUCCUCGACUAACAACAAUAACAUCAUGAUCAACGGAAGCACUAACAGCAGCAGCGACAAAAUGACGGCUACCGAGGAGAUCGAUUGCGUGGUGGAGAGCUGGACAAGUGUGAAACGCAUGAAUGCUUUGGAUGGUGCCAGCAGUGGGGCGAAUGGUGUGGCGCAUUCGGUCCAAGAGAUCAUCGAGAUUGCCGAGAUUCUGCCCACUACGCCCAAGUGCAACCAGCUGUUGGUUAAAUUGCUUCGCACAAAGGCGCCGGAGACAGAAGGCAGUAAGAUUAUAAUGGCUACCGUUGCCAAGGAGGAGGAGGAAGAGGAUGAGGAGCAACGGGCUGAUGAAUCAAUGGACACGGAUAACAAUGCCGAAGGGAAUGUAGCAGCUCAGCUCUUGGUGUUUGACUACGAUGACACUCAAAUAUCAAACGAUUACACCCUGGCCAUGACCUUCAGUCGGGCCAAGUGUCCCAAGCAGCUGUGCAUCCUGCCGCACUUCAAUUCCUCUCCGGAGCACAAGGAUGCCGGCUCCAUAUGCGUGGUGUGUGCAGAUGGCAGCGUGGAGAUUUAUUCGCUCGCCGAUUUUCAAGGCACCAUGGUGAUUGAGGAGGAAGGCGAGCACUUUGAGUCUGUGGUUUAUUGCCGGAAUCUAGACAGGCUGUGCUGCUGCUCACGCCAAGGCGGCCUGCUCUUCUACUCGCUUAGCGAGGGGGAAAACGACUCUGGCGACGAAUUACUCGAAAUGGAAGAUGACUGCAGUACGACCUUAACGCAGGCCCCGGAUGUGAGUGUGACGGAUGGCGCUCGUCAUGCAGCUAGUGCGGAUCAGUUGAGCAAAACCCUGCUCGUCAGCGAUUCUAUUUGCGUGGAUGUUGGCAGCGAGGCAGCGACACCUUCGAUCUUCUCCAACGCCGGUGGACAGGGUGCCCACGUCCAGACUUCGCCAUCGACGGCUUCCUCAGCUGCCACCAAUGUCAACCUGCUUGCAUACAAGACUGCCGACCUGACACUGGAAGACCUAAAAGUCUUCUACGCCCUCACCCAGUUUGAUGACAAGCUUACUGUCUACUCUGCCGAAGUGCCCAGCUGUUGGAACGAUCUCGGCCAGGUGCAAAAGCAACGCAAACAGUCGCAGAACAUGAGGCAUGGCGGAGACGAACGGGAUUUUACCCGCACCUGGCGUCUGCACAACGAUGCAACAACCUGGGACGAACACAUAAUAGAGCUCAACCUGGCUCAGCCCGUGUCUCUGGGCCACAUCGAUCUAAAGUUUACAGUAUAUCAGCAAUGCUCAAAUCCCGCAGCAAUCCAGGUCACACUUCUGAAACAAAACACGAACGGCUUUGGGUACCGAAUGAAGGGACCUCAUUCCAGUUAUAAGCCGAAUGUCAUUGAUGACAACAUUGAUCUCUCAUAUAUUGCCAAUGAAAAUCCGGUGCUAAGCGAGGAGUAUUUACUAGCCCACAAUGCGGAGGUCUUGGCCGGUCCCAUCGAGCUCUCCUCAUGCAUCGACCUCUGUGAUCAAGGAGGCACAGCCACGCUCACCUCACCGAAACUGUUUAAGACCCGCACCAGGAACUUUUUGCUGCACAUCAAGACAGUGUCUGAUCCAUCAAAAGACGGGCAGAACAAGACGAGGGGAUGUGACUGGUUGCACGAGAUCUCAAUCAGUGUGCGGGCGGUGAAGUCUCACAGUCGGAUCAGUAAUGGUCGGAUGCAACGCAUUGCCAUGCUAGAGAGCAACGUGCUGCUGGUGCAGCUGCUGCGUAUCGCCAGUGAUCCGACUUCAAGUCCGUUGGCCAAGAACCUGUCGCUCGACGUGCUCAAUUGGAUAUGCUUUAUCAGGCUAAACCGCUUUCGGUCACCCAAGUCAGAGCGGCUCAAGGACCAGAUAAACAAGCAGACGGCGGGGCAUCUCCAAGAUCUACUUGCGCAGCAGUUCGAGUGCAUUUCCCUGGCUGAGAAGCAUAUUGAGCCGUUGUUGCGCAACUGUGUAAUCUACAGUGAGCGGAGUACGGCCCACAAAUGUGUGAAGCUUCUAAUCAUGUUGACGGAAGGUGCAACGAAUUUGCCGGCGGAGGUGCAGGACCACACGACGCUGGAUUAUAGCUUCAAGGCGGCGAUUGCUAACACAUUUCCGGAGCUUCCGCGAGCGCAGUGCGGCAGCGUUGUCCGCUGGUAUAUGAUGCUAACCUGUGCUACCUCUACAGCGGAGUCCCACAAUAGCAUUUCCGAGCAGGCGAUCAAUCUAUUAAAGGAGAUUGCCGUCGAGAUUGACAAGCGCUGGGAUCCACACUGUGCGCUGUUAAGCACGCGAUUUGGCCUCUACGGCUAUCCCUUUGAGCCUGAGAUCUUUGAUUUUGACUUUCCCAACGUUAGCAGACAGGGGACCGGUUCUUCGGUAGCCCUCACUAAUAUUAUACGCAGUAGUUCCACAAUUUUGCCAGUAACUGGGCUGGACAUUAAGCGAUUGAGCUCCAUAGAUGGUGUGGACUUUCGCACGUUUCCAUAUCUGAUCCGAGGAAAGAGCAUCAGCAACCAACUGCGUGGAUUGUUAGAAGUGGUGCAGCUCCACUUCAACUGCGUUCAAACAUCCGAGGCUACUCGCAUCGACAACAUCGAUAGUGUUGCAGGAAACUCCGCUGCCAGUGUGGUAAUUGAGGAUGUGAUGAUGAUGCCAAAGCUAGUGGUGGCUAAGGAGAAAGGCGAGGAAAUGCUCAACGAUCUGGUCAAUGAUGUUGAGUGUCUGGUGGAGGAAAUGAAGGAGAAACAGGGCAAGGUGGACUACGAUGCAUUUGGCUUGGUUAAUGGCUUUAAGGAUAAAACAUCAGGGUCCUCGCUUGCUGACUCAAUAGAGCACGCCUUGAAAGAGGAGGUUAAAAUAGAAAAAGCGGCCAUCAUGGACAAACUAAAAAUGUCCAAGUUUCUGCCUAAGCUGUCACUUUUCGGAAGCUACAUACAGAAGAAUAUUAACGACAUCUCCUUCGCUGACUUUGACAAAUUGAUCAACUGGGACGGUAAUGCAUCGCCUCCCUUUAAUUUGGAAGUGGGGGCCCCCAUCGAAGGCCUGGAAACUACUCCAGACCAGAACCUAUCGCAACAGGCCCCAUCAACUGGUGACAGCGUACUGGACGAUGCCGCAGAGAGUGAGAAGAUCAAGGAGAGCCUAAACGCUAACCCCUGCCAGCCGAUUGCCUGGCACAAGUUAAUCACUCCGCCGCCCAAACAGAUGAUCGUCAUCGAUCGGAUGCACUCGGGUGCUAGGCGAUUUGUGGUGCUCGACUUUGGCCAGCACAUCCUGCUCACGGAUCUGGUGAUUCCCUCGUGCGAUGAGGUGACUUCCCUUAACAUCGACAUCUGGUGUUUUGAUGAGGAGACUGAUUGCACGCGUCUGGUGCAGGUAAACGAUAUCCAAACCAAAACGCUUGUUCUGAGCGACAUUCAGCCUGCACCGAUUUGUCGAUACCUGAAAUUGACCAUCAUUGGACGAAUUGGCAUGUCGUCAACCAAGUGCAAAGUGCCCCUGGGCCGGUUCUUUGGCCAUCCCGUGGUGCUGGAGCACGACGGCUACGGAGAUCAGUUGAUGAGGUUCAUUAAGCAGCCCACACAGAGCCUUCAAUCGCAGCUGAAGUCGUUAAACGCUCUGUACGAGGAUGUUCAUUGCCGGUACAGCUUGGCCAGCUGCAAACUAAUGGAUCUGCUGGCUCCCAUGCGGAAUAGUGAGCUGUCUAAUGUGGCCCACCUUCAAGCCUUUAUCAACAAGCAGCGGGACGAGGAGCUUAGUGGCUUGGAUAACAACAAUAAGGUUGUGUCCCUUUACGAUGAAUGCAUGCUUCUUCAGUACCAGAUCAAUGUGAUCCGGAAUGUGGUGCUCCGUUUGGAGCGAGCACUGUCUCCUAAUGCAUUGAGUAACGCGCCUCUUGCGGAAGAGUCGAUUCCUUUAACUGAGGAAAUCCUGCGCGCUGCAUCUAGGGACAAGUUGCGAGUGCUCAGCCUGAGUUUGGUGGAGGUGCUUCUGCACUUCUCCAUUGAGUAUGGAAUUAAGAACAUCCUGCCUGUGCAUCAGAAAUUCAAUGCCGUUACGGCGAAAGCUCUUUUUAACUCGCUGGUAGUUUACGGAGAUGCCCAACUUCAAUUGGCCACCUGCUCGUUACUGGUGCGGAUGUGCUGUUUCCAGCCGUGGUGGGGAGAUUUCCUAGCUGACACCUUCUGCAGCCUGUUCUCGGCACAGAACUGCAAGGCCUUCCCCCAAGAUCGCAUAUUCUUUCUGCUGACUUACCUGGGACGUCGCAGUAUUGCCAUGGGCGCCUGCCGUUCCAUUGUGAUUGAUGCCGUGCUUAAGACGCUCGUCAAGCUGCUGGCACCGAUCUCACCGCACUACAAAUACCAGUCGGAGCAGCCCAGCACUUCGGCGAAUGCUGCUGAUCGUAAUGCAGCUAUGGGCACAACGUCAGAUCUUCAGCUGAUCACUUGGCUACUUCUGUUUCUCUCAGUGUGCCUUGACGACAACGAGCGCAAGGAUAAAUCAGCUGCUCGCUGGGACUUUAUGAGUUGUGAGAGUGACUUUACAAAGACUAGACCCAGCAACACUCCCAACAGCAAGCAGCUUCGCUGCUUUAAGAAACGCAUCAUUCAGCAGAACAAAUACUCGGUGCAGCCUUACACGGAUUGGGGAAAGAAGAUUUAUAUGAUACAAAACGAGCAUCCUGGUAUAUUCAUGGAACUGUCGACCAAGUCAAAGGGAAGUGGUCCUACCAAGUCAACCUCGACCGGUGGAAAGAUAAAUAUUGGAUCCGCUGGCCUCUGUAUGACUGGCAGUAGUUCAAGUAGCGGUGCAUCUAAGAGUGCAACAGCCUCCACAUCGUCUCCAAAACAUCAGGAUGUCUCGGGUAGCGAUGGAGAACGCGACAGCAAUUUUGACAAGGGAUUGAAGACUCUGCGUAUGGCCAACAUCAAGGUGGUUAUCCGCGGACUCUUUGCCCUGCUGCUGGAAAUGGAUUUCGACUGCAACAUGGACCAGUUUCUGCUCACCUGCAAGGUUAUUGCACGUCUGGUGGCCGCAUGCCGACCGUCUGUUCAACUCUGUAAGAUUGUGACCACCGCCCAGCUGGAGCAACUUGUACGUCUGUCCGUGUGGAAUGAUCAGCAGCAGCCCUGGGCUGUCCAUGCAAUUACGUGUUUGCUUCAGGAUCUUUUGGAUGCGGACAAACAGUUCAGGGAUAGCGAUGUCACUCCCACCAAUGAUACUCCUCGUACCAUGGAAGCAACAGUGCAGGAAACACGAGAUCUAUUCAGCGACUAUACUUCCACUGCUUCCUCGUGCACUGAGGCACAAUUUGAGAUGCUGAUGCCGACAGCAAGAGAAUUUUAUCAAGAGGCCGUCAAAUACAAUUACCUACCAUCAUUGAUUGAAUGCGAUGACACGGAAUUCGACGAAAUGCUGAACGACAUCGACAUGAUCGAGCGUACAAAGCCAGUGACCAAAAAGGAGAGCAACGCACUCUGCAAGAACACCUUCAAUUUCUUCUGCAAGUCCAUUUCCAUUGCCUUGGACUCACGAUUGGAUGUGGGCUUGGAAUUACAUGUUGAGACACAGCUAAGAAGGCUUACGAAUCGCACCUCGCUGGAUCUCUACUCUUCGCUCCCGCAGGUGCUAACCAAUGAGUUCGUCUCUCCGCCUCCAGAAGCAGCUCCUUGGCCAGAGUACUUGACCCAACUUUGGUCGGGUACUGAAUACAAUGGCCGCAACACCUAUGUGAUGUUUAAGAAAGUCUUCGACUCCAUCCUGGCAGAUCUGCACUAUGAGGAUACGUGGGUGCACUUGGAGCAGGUGCUGCAGAUGUGGCUCACACUGAACUGCGAACUCGCGGACAAGCCAUACACUAGUGGCAUAACCCACACGGAUGUACCCAAGAUUCCUUUUGGGGCGAAUGCUGUGCAGGGAUUGCUUCUGGCCUUAGCCUGGCAUAAUGACAUCAAGCUACGCACCUGGUGUCUGGGCUUCCAGUGCCUGUUCCUUGCUUGCAAUUCGCUGCCUAUUGGCGAGGAUGCGGAUUGUACGCGUAUCAACGAAGUCAUUGUGAAUGAUGAGAACUUUGAGAAGAUGCUGCUGAGAUUCUUCUCCGGGUAUGGCAUGAGCUCCUCCAUCAUUACCAACCGAUGUGCUGGUCCAACCAUUUGCAAGCAUCUACAUGAGUUGCUGCUGUGGCUGCACAGCAAGAGCGAGACGAGUGGCAUUCCCUGCAAGCGUCGGCUGAAGGACAUUUUGUUGCACGUUGUCCUCCAGUUGGUUCAACCUGGUGGCGCUAUUAGCAACCAGCAGGGACCCAUUGAUGCCCAAAACCAACUGGUUCGCGAUCUUCUGAUGAUGCCCAACGACAAGGGAGAUCUAAAUAUAGCGCUUAAGAUUACGGAAAGUGUUUCUUUUCUGGUGUACAACAACAUUUCCAAUGGCGAGAAACUGCAGUGUCAGCGUGGAAAUGAGAACAACACCGCUGGGAACAAUUUUAGUAAUCUGUUUGCCAAUGUUUUGGGAUCGGAGAAUCCCUCCAAGCAGAAUGCCACAAUCUGCGACAAUUCGCUGAUCAUAAAUCUGCUGAAACUAUCUUCUCACAUGGUGCUGACAGAAAUGCCCAGGCAACCAAGUGAGGUUACCAUUCCCGAGGAGGAGGAGCUGUCGAAUCAAAGUCAGACGGAUGAGACCAAAGCGGAGCAGUUAAAUACGGAAGGUCAUCGCAGCAAAGUACCAUGCAUAGCUGAUUGGGUGCUGCGACAUUUCCCAACGAUGAAACGCCUCUUUGGAACGCUCUCUCAGUGCUCUACAAACACUUUCACUAUGAUGUCCUCUGGCUGCUUCUUCUCACUAAAGUCCAAUAUGGUCUUGGAUGAUCCACAAACAAUCGCGGAUGCUGUCUUCAGUUUGAUGAUAACCCUCAGUGAUAAAGCCUCUAAUCCGCGACUGGUUGUGGCACCUAUUUGCCAAUAUCUCGAAGAAACCACCAUACAGAGGAAUGCCACGCUGCCGCGUUUGCCGCUCUCAGAACCCUUCCUGUGGUACAUCUCUAAGGUCCUUGAAGUCACAGCGGCAGUUCAGACAUUCACCCAGCUGGGUGGAAUUCAAAUUAUCUGUCACAACUUAGUGCGACUAAACAAGACGAUUAUCAACAUGCAGCCGGGAUUGAUAUCGUUGAUCAUGCAGCACUUGACGCGCAAUACUCGCUUUAAGCUGAACAGUCAUGUGGCGGCAAACAGUGCGUGCAAAAAGACAACGACUGGAACAGGAACCACUGGGACCACUGCUGCUCAGCCGCCAAGAAGUGGUGCUCAGUACGAUGGGCUUAUCAACUUUGCCCCCUUCUCGCAUAUUGUGUCUGAAAAUGAUGCGGCCCAAAGUGCUGAGGUGCUCAUCUCCAAUCCUAAUGCUACACAUCGAAGACCACGAUCCCCAGCCUGGAGCUACAUGUUUUAUCCAAAUGAGACCCACGUAGAUCUCACCAUUACGCUGCCCACAGCGAUUUUGCUAAAGGAGGUGCAGCUUGUACCGCACACAACGAGUUUGGCCUCCUGCCCCUCGGCAGUGGCGCUGGAGCUGUCAAGAGAUUAUGGCCUGGGAUCUAUUCCGGUGGGUGCUCCCAUGGCCACCACUGGGCUAACCUGCAUCAGGCUGAAGUUAGCCAAGGCGGAGGUGGCUACCAGCAUUGUCCUGAGGCUUUACAAACCCAAGGACUGUGGUAAUGUCGGACUGGUACAGAUCGCUGUGCUUGGCCAGACUAUCUUCGGGAAUCGUAUGCAGGGGCUGCGUUCGCCGAGUCCGUUUAUCGACUCACUGGCAUCGUGCUCCUCACCGCUGCAAACGGCUGCUUUGGCCGCGAUGGACGCAGAUGCCAUGCUUGAGGACGAUGCCUUCGCCAAGACGAGCAUUGGCUGGGUGCGGAUCCUAUCCCGCUGCUUCCACGUCGCUGCGUUGCAACCGGACAGCAAACUCGCAGAUCUCAUCGCCGCCUAUCCGGCUGCCUAUCCCGGCUUUUUGGAGGCCUGCUGCUCACUGCUAAACAUCAUGCCAAUGAUUCCAAGCCUUGCUCAGCAACACCUGGAAACUAUUUUGCUGAAAUUGGGUGCCUACAACCACGAGCUCAGUUUGCAGCUGCUGCGAACGCUACUAUGGCACACCACUCCCCAAGUUUUCAAGCUCUCCAGCGACGCGGUGUGCGAUCUCAUCCACGAAGUGGUCACCGGCUCCACGGAGCACUUACUAGAUAAACUGCGCGUCCUGAUUGACUGGGUGAUGCAGCUGCAUGAUAACUACAGCCAACAGGCACGUUGCAAUAAUCCGCAAAGCGGAUUUGUUAAAGUGAUCGCCUCUAUUCUCUGGCGAGUCCAGACACAGCAGCAGCUCCCGGAGUUGCCCCUGCUCAUUUCAUCAUCGCUAUUCGAGACCUGCUUCGAGUGGGUGUCGUCGCUGGAACAUGAUGAGCCUCUGAAGAGCAGCUUUGAUUCCCUACUCUGUGCUUUGUGCUACAUUAAGCCGGAGUUGUUUAACCAACUGUUGGUUAAGUUGGGAGUGAAACUAGAGCCACCAGCUCGAGGCCAGACAGAUGAUAGUAAGGUGCAGAGCGGCAGUGCCUGGUUUAGGCGAGAGGGUAGUGAGAAUCUAACGGUUCUGCUGCAGCGUCCCACAUUCCUGAAGACCCUGGCCUUGGCCUGCCAGUCUCCAGCUGCAGUUUACCAAAUGCUGGACUCUGGACUCCCCAAGCUUCUGGCCCACGCCAUUUACGAGUAUUGCAUGCACUUGCUACCUGGAUCAGAGCUAGCAGUUUCCGCAGCCCCAGCCGCGGCUGGUGGAGAAGAAGCUUCAGGCAACAACCCGGUUGCAGUUCCAGUAGAUGACGAGGACUCCUCGCUAACAGACUUUGACAAGGCCGAAGCAAAUGUGGGCAAUAAUACUCCACUGCUUAGCAGCUCAAAUGUGCCCAAGGUGCUGGACUUCUUUGCCGAGUGCUGUGCCGAGGGUCCUAUGCGAGAUUGGUUGGGCACGAUGCAGGGAUCCGUUUUCUGGAAACCACUGUUGCAGCUGCUCUGCAACACCCAUGCCGCCCAGUUUAGUAAGACGCUGCCCAUGCAGCAGUCAUUCAUCCGCUUGGAGCGGGCCACCAUCAACUUCUUCACGAGGGUGAGCGCCUGCCAUCCUGGCAACCAGGAAGUGCUCACAUCGCUGCUCAUCGGUGCCAUAAUAUGCAAGCCACUGAGAUCUUCACAUGGGGUUCGACCCACUAUAUCUGGAUUCACCAGGCAGUUGGUCUUGCAGCUCCUUCUUGAGAAUGAACACAUCACCGUCUCGGUGAGAAGUCAGCAGCCUUUGCAGCGAAGAGACACCCUGUCCGCAAUCCUGGGCGGGAACUCGAGCGGGGCAAGCACUAGUUUGCCCGUGGCAGCCGUCAACAACCACCCGGCCAAGCGGAGCAGCGCCCACCAUAUGCUCUUCACGGUGACCACCAGCACCACUUGCCAGGAGAUUAUGCAGAAUUGCGUCAGUGAUCAACGAGCUGGCGAGGCUUCGGCCUCCAGCAGCGGCGUGUCCAGUGGGACUGCCAAAUCAAAUGAUAUCAAGCUGGAAAAGAGCAGCUUCCUGAACUUCAACAACGUAGAGGCGGGGAGCAUGGAGUUCCUCACCGUGGGAGCAGCUGUGGCAGCUAAGGACAAGCGCAUAAAAGACGCCAAGAACCAGGCGGCUAUGAACAAGGACAAGGAGACUCAGACCAGCACCAUGAACUUGGCUUCCAAUAUUUUCAACGUGGAAGAGUUCUUGUUGCAAUCGGCGAAUGCAGCCAAUGGUAACCAAUUGGUCAUACCAGAGUAUUCGGAUAUCCUGUUGGCCGGAGAUGCCACCAUCUCACAGGUUCUGGCCUCGCUCCAGGAUGCGGGACAUUCGCUGUCCACGCCGUGCAUAUCGUUCGACCUCGUACCGCAACAGCGGGCGGAUGAAGUAAGCGAGGCCAAGAAGACAAAGGCCGCCUGCACUGAGCCGCUGCCAUCGCCCCUACAGCGAUUUUCCAGCAGCGGCGGUCUUUCGUUGUUGGCCCACUAUUUGCCCACCGUUUAUCCGGAGCACUCGGGCCGUAAGACCACCUUGGUGGUCAGCGAAAAGGAGAAAAGUCCGCCGCUUUCUGACUGGGUGAAGCUUGAGCCGAACGACGAGAUCUACGAGGAUCUGGAGGACACCAUCUGCGAGCCGGCAGCAAAGCAGGCAACGGUCAGCUCGGUGCCGCAGCACUCGCUUGCCGCAUUCGGAUUGUUCUUGCGUCUGCCCGCCUACUCUGAUGUCUUGCUGCGGGACAAGAUGCGAGCGCAGUGCCUACUCCGUUUGGUGCUGGGCGUAACGGGAGACGGCGAAGGCAAUGAUAUAUACAGUUUGUCGCUGGCGCCUUCGUUGCCCACUUUGCCCUUCGAGGUCUUCCGACAGCUUCUGGAUAGUGUGCCGCUGUCCACCGACGAUGGCGUGCUGCUUCGCCGCGUAGUUAUUGAAGUGGGCGCUAUGCACCUAGUGCUUAAUUGCCUGGGCAUUUUCUCGCAUCAGUCGCACAACAGCAGGAUUGGAGCACCGAUCACGGAGCCAUCACCAACUGCAACGAGUAGUGGUAGUGCAAAUGGAAGUGGAAACGGAAGUACCAGCGGUGCCAAAGCAAAUGGACCAGAGGAGGCAACGCCUAGUGCAACGUCGGACGACAAAAGCCACAUGUACUGGGCAAAGGGAACGGGUUUCGGUACCGGAUCCACGACUCAAUCUUGGAAUGUCGAGCAGGCGUUGUUGCGGCAGAAGAGCGAAGAGGAGCACGUCACGGUGCUACUGCUCGUCUUGGCCAGUUAUAUAAAUCCGGGGGAUUGCAUACCGAGUGACAUGUGUGGGGAGGACAUCUUGGCCUAUCAUGAUGUCAGAGAUGUUACGGGCGAGCUGCCGCCCAUCUUCCAAACACUUUUGCAGCAGUCUUGCCUGAUCCCCGCCCUCAGCUCUUAUCUGCGCAACGAUUCCGUUCUGGACAUCACUCGCCACAUUCCGCUGUACCGUGCCAUACUGAAGCUUCUGCGCGCACUGUCGCUGUCCAAGAUGCUUGUCUCGCUGCUCCAACCGGCGGCCAGUGGCAGUGGGGAGAGCACGCCACCUAUUGCGGAGCUAUUAACGAACAUGAAGACCUGCGUGGACACCUACGCUAAGCGACUAAAAGUUAAUAAGAAGUCGAACAUCAAGGGCCAGACACAUCAGUUGACCUUCAACAUCGAUGACGGCGACGAUGAGGGAUUAGCUCUGCUCAUUCCGGACAUUCAUGAAACGAGUGUCCUUGUGCAGAAGACCACGGAUGCAGAUGCUCUGAUCAACAUGCUGCACACCAACGAGGACGGCACCGGGCAACUGGAGCCACUUAGCAAGUCCAUUGAGCAGCGCUAUUUGGAGCUGAUGAAGAAACGUCAGUUCGACACGUUUGACAUGAUCGUGGAGGCGGACAACAACAGCUUCCGGUUUGUGGUAUCGCACCACUUCGAGAAGAUGGUGCGGCUCGCCGGCGAUCGCUACCAUCCGUCGCGGGUAAAGAGGCUGGCUCAGGAGGCGGUGACACUGUCCACCAGCUUACCUCUCAGCUUUAGUAGUUCUGUAUUUGUGCGCUGUGAUACGGAUAGAUUGGACAUCAUGAAGGUACUCAUCACUGGACCGGCGGACACGCCAUAUGCCAACGGGUGCUUCGAAUUCGAUGUCUUCUUUCCCCCGGAUUACCCCAACCAGCCCAUGCUCAUAAACCUAGAGACCACCGGCCGCCAUUCGGUGCGUUUUAACCCCAACCUCUACAAUGACGGCAAGGUGUGCCUGUCGGUCCUGAACACGUGGCACGGCCGGCCCGAGGAGAAGUGGAAUGCGCAGACCUCAAGCUUCCUGCAGGUGCUCGUCUCUAUUCAGUCGCUGAUCCUCGUCCCCGAGCCCUAUUUCAAUGAGCCGGGCUUUGAAAGGAGUCGUGGCACUCCGAGUGGUACCAAUUCAUCGCGGGAGUACAACAGCAAUAUUUAUCAGGCCUGCGUACGCUGGGCAAUGCUUGAGCAGAUACGCAGCCCAAGUCACUGCUUCAAAGAUGUCAUACACAAGCACUUUUGGCUAAAGCGUGAGGAGAUCUGCGCCCAGAUCGAAGGAUGGAUCGAGGAGCUGAGCAAGCCGCAAUACACCGAGCGGGCCAGCCGCACUAUCUCCUUUAACUCAAUGGUUCUGCGCCGGCAUUAUCGCCACCUGCGGGAGGAGCUGUCCAAGCUAAAGCCGCCCCGUGGCCUUGAGGACUUGGAUGCGCCCUUCAACCCGGUGGCCACGUUACCCCCGAUGGAUGUGUCCGCGGCUCCUGCAGCUGCAGCCACCAACAACGCUCAGGUGGGAACGGAUGAUACGAUAGUGCCGGACAUGAACUUGCUUAGCGAGAAUGCGGAUGAUUGCGAGGCUGAUGGCGAUGCCGAAGGCGAUGGCGAUGUGGAUGACGGCUUUAAGGGCUUUCCCCAGGAGGAGGGUCUGCUGACAGGCGAGGAAGAUGUCAUAGAAAUUCUGAGUGAUACGGAGAACGAGAGCAGUGUGUGGCAAGAGAAAGAGGAAGAAGAGGACACCCCGUGAAUACCUAGCUGCCCAACGUUGUUGGAGAUGAAUUUGAUGUGAUGCCCAGAAGCUGAAUGCCCCCGGCCUCCCGCAUCUUUGCUGCCCUAGACAUUUUUAUUUAUAUGCUAUGAGUUUUGUUUUACGCCUUUACUUGUUUUAAUUUUUGUAAGAGAGAGACUGCAACAAAACUUGGUGUGCUUUACUUAAUGGAACCGUAAUGAUAAAUGUUAAACAAAUAACGCUAAUGAUCUUCGCGCAGAUUAAGACACACUCCCCCAAUAAGCAUUGUCAGAAACUUUCCAUUCAAAGAAAAUGAAUAUCCCACUCUAUACAAGUAUGUAUGAUUAUUGUAUUGAACUUUUUAUAAAUGCUUAUAUAAAUGGAUCUAUCGAUUUCUACAAGAAUAACCCAUGUGUGUAUAGAAUAGAACGGACAUGCAAGUCAUUGAAAAUAUCACCACUAUAAAACAGUAACAACAACAAAAACCACCAAAACUAAAUUAAUUCGUAUUAAACUAUGUAUGUACGUAGUGAUUUAGUUAAAUAUUUACAGCAAAAUGUGAACAGUUACUUUUCCAAUUGAAAUAAAACGCGAAAAACAUUUUGUUUCCCCCAAAA